UAUACACAAUUAUUAUAUAGCCACCGCAUUUACGCCAUUGCGGUCAGGAGCCUACAUGCUCGUGCGUUUUUUCAUUUCGUUUUGUUUUUUGGAGAAGCCAUAUUGUGUUGUGUGCGUGUGCGGCGUGCGCGUGUAUGUGUUUUUGUUUUGUUUUUUUUUAUUAUUUUUGGGGAAGGGAUUGUUCGGGGGUCUUGCCGUUUGAGGCUGAAACCGGUUUGAGGGAGCUAUGAAUUUUGAAUUUGAAAGGGAGAUCGGUUUUAUAAACAGCCAGCCAUCCCUAGCAGAGUGCCUGACGUCCUUCCCCGCCGCCCUGGAGUCAUUUCAAACUUCAUCAAUCAAGGAGUCGACAGUAAUUCCGCCUCCCUUCGAGCACACCAUCCCCAGCCUCAGCCCCUGCACAGCCAGCCAGCCGAGACCGGCUGCUAGGAGCCAGCAGAACCGGAGAACCUCCGCCACUAAUGGCCUCCAGACGCAUCACCGAGGCGCCCAGCAGCCCGGACCGCCGGGCCAGGCCCCUGCCCCGAUCACGGCGACCCCGGCCGGUACUCUGGCCCACGAGUUCCCCUGGAUGAAGGAGAAGAAGUCAUCCAAGAAGUGCCCCAAGCCGGGGGGCAGCUCCAGCGGUUGCGGAUCCAUCAUCCCCCCCUCCUCGUCCUCCCCGUCGCCGACCGCCUCCGGGUACGCUUCGGCGGGCAUCGAGUCACCCACAGACUCGAGCCAGGCGGGCCUGGAUGGUGGAGGAGCCGGCUCCCGACGGCUGCGCACCGCGUACACCAACACGCAGUUGCUGGAGCUUGAGAAAGAGUUCCACUUCAACAAGUACCUAUGCCGGCCAAGGAGGGUGGAGAUAGCCGCCCUUUUGGAUCUGACCGAGCGACAGGUCAAAGUUUGGUUCCAGAACCGGCGGAUGAAACACAAGCGCCAGACUACGCACCACAGGGACGGCAGUGGUGGAGGAGGAGGCCACGAAUCCAGCGACCCGGGCGGGUUUGAGCCGCUCGAAGGCGCCGACGCCUCAUCUCCAUACUCAAGCCAGCCGCUGGAGGCAUCUGGCACUGGGGAAUCUACUCUGGAGGUCGAGACGGUUAGCGGUGAUCCAUCUUCGGCUGCAGCCCCCAGCGCCUACGCUAAUGACAGCGGGGACAAUGCACAGCCCACGCCGGACGAGGGAGGCCGCUUGAGCCUUCCCGAACGCCCACCGCUGCCUGGCGAAUCUGGCUCCUCUGACGUUGCUCACAAUUCCCCGCCGUCGUUCACCGCCACGAACUCCGCCGACAACCCGGGCCUGGUGAAGCUGAGCGAGGCCGGGACCGCAGCAGCAGCGUCAGAUUCGCCUUUCUCCGAGCAGCGAGACAUCUCCAUCACCUCCACCGCCUCCUCUGCUCCCCCUGCAGCCUCCUCCUCAACCGCACUGCCCGACCUGACCUUCUUUGCCGGGGACGCCUGCCUGUCACCGAGCCUGCAGAGUUCUCUGGAUAGCCCGGUGGAUUUCUCCGAGGAGGACUUCGACCUGUUCACAAGCACUCUGUGCACCAUAGACCUGCAGCACCUGAACUUCUGAGGCCAGCUCCAACAUUUGAAAAUAACCGAAAAUGAAAGGUUCAAAAAAAGAACGAGUGAAGGAGUGGAGGGACAGGCCCGUGUGGAUGAACAAUCGAGCGGAGGAGGCAGCUCUCGGCAAGGACUCAGUUGUUUAAAAAGAAUAAAAGCUUCUCGGCAACAUUCCUGAAACAUUUCUGAAUGAAAAUUAUGUUCAUUUUGAAAUAUACUUUUUCGUCUUCUUGCUGGUUUUAUUUCGCGGAUAUAAUGUAGUUUAAGAGAGAUGCAGUUGAUUUUAUUAUUAUUCUUUUUUAUUUUAAACAUCGAAUGGAAAUAGUUUUUUUUUCUUUCACGAUCGAAACGUUGUGGAUAUUUUCUCCCUCUUGUCCAAAUUUCAGGUAUUUAUUGCCUUUCUUGUUUUUGAUGAUUUUUGUUAAAAUGAUCAACCCUUAUCAGUAUGUGUGGAUUUAUUUCCUCUAGUCCAUUCUGGUGCAGCUUCAUGGAUCCUUAAUAACUUCUCAGGAACUGUUCACGGAGUCUAGGUGCAGAUAGCUGGACUGCUUUUAGAAAAUCUAAACUGAAGAAUGAAUUCAUUCUCUCUUUGAACGAGACAAGACGAGAGGGAAGCCCUGCUGAUGACCCGAGUUUUAGACCCUAGUUUAUUUAUUGAGAUUCUUUAAUAGUGAAAA